AUGGAGCAACUUACUUCAGUAACUAUAGCAUCAGUCUGGCCUGCAAACAGCAGCAUUGUCCCCUCAUUUGACCCAUCAGAGUCUUCAGCCUCCACAGAAUGGGAACUGAUCCACACCAUCCUCCCCCCUUACAUCUUCAUCAUAUCCUUGUUAGGGCUUCUCUUCAACGGCUUUGUCCUGGCAGUUUUUGCAGCCCAACGAGAUCGACUGACUGUACCGGAGCUAUAUUUAAGCAACCUGGCACUGGCUGACUUUCUUCUGCUCUGUGGCCUCCCUUUUUGGGGAACAUACAUCCUGAACAGGUUUAACUGGUCUUACGGCGAUGCUUUAUGCAAACUAGUCAACUCCAUAAUUGGCAUCAAUUUCUACACCAGCAUCUACACCCUGGUCAUGAUUAGCAUUGACCGCUACCUAGCUCUUGUGAAAACCAUGAAAGCUAGAUGGCUAAGACGGACACUUUAUGCCAAGGUGAUCUGCUUCAUCAUAUGGCUGCUGGGGAUCUUGUUGAGCACGCCAACCAUAGUUCACAGAAAGGUGAAGUUCAUGGAGGAGUUCGAAACAACGUCCUGUGUUCUGGAUUAUGCUCAUGAAAGUUUUUGGAAGCUUGCCCAUCAGAUUCUAAUGAAUGUAGUGGGCUUUGUGCUCCCUGUUCUGGUUAUUGUUUUCAGCAGCUGGAAUAUAAUCAAGGCUUUGGCUCGUAGGACGGAAAGUGGAGGCUUUCAUGACGCCAAUGACACAAAGGCCACAGUUCUUGUAUAUGCUGUUACACUGUUAUUUUUACUGUGUUGGACUCCCUUCCAAGUAUUCACUUUCCUCGACACGCUUUGCGAUGUCAAAGUGUUGGAUGAGAUGUUGUGGUUUCACACUCUCAACAUAGGAGGACAAGUUUCUGCAUAUUUGGCCUUUCUCAACAGCACCCUGAACCCUCUGGUCUAUGUAUUUUCCGGACAGUACUUUAGGAAGAAAGUUAGCGUCAUUUAUAGAAGAGCUAGACAUCAGCGCAGAGGGUCAGACAUGACUACAUAUCAGCGUUCAGUUGUAUCCACUUACUUAAACAGAACAGAGCAAAUUAAGCCAGUGGUCAUUUUUAACACAAAGGAUCAAAUGUGA